UUUCUGUAGACUCUUGAACGGUGUACGGAUCCAUAAGAGCUUGAUAAAAAAGUUUGUUUCGAUCUAUAGUUAGUCCUUCAGUUUUAGAGGCAGUAUUCCUUGUGGAUUUUCACUGGGAAGGCAGGCUUUAAUAAAAUGUAUUCAAAUCUAGCUUUAAAUAUUGGGUGGCUGCCACUGCUCCAUUAUAAAUCCAAUUGAAAUGUUUCAUGUGUGUGAAGCAAAAUGAUGUAAUUGUUCAGCUUAUAUAACUUUUUAAUGUGCUAUAUGAUUUUUAUAAGUUCCCUUGAAAUCUUACUGGGUUUGUAGAAUGUAUCUACUAUAUACUUAAUAAUUUAUCUCUGACAGGUUAUGGAAGACAUUUCAUUUGGAGCAGAGGGUCAUUUAUCUGAGGAGUUCUUCAUGUUUUCUGCAGAGUUGGGAGAAAAAUGUGAAGCAAUAAGUGAGAAAUUGGUGCAUCUGGAAGAUCAACUGCAGACUUCCGCCUGCAGAGUUGAUGAAGGAGUUAUUCAGUCUCUGCAGAGGGAGAUCCAGGUGGUGAAGGAGACACUCCAGACCGUGCUGGUGCAACUUCAGCCAGCCAGGGAGGCAGGAGAAGAAAAGGCUGGAGACUUCCUCUGUGACAGCUGGUGUCCAGGAAAACAAGACUUGAAGGAAUAACGAGCAGAAAGAGCUGGUAGGAUGACAUUAAUUCACAAAGGGCUGCUUUUAGUAACUGAAUACUGGUUUACCUCAGGGAUCUCUUCUCUCCCUGCAUAACUAAUAACUAAAUCAAUUAUGGAGAAACAGAGCCUGGAGGUCUCUCAUCAGAAGUGUUCUACACAGCCUCACAUGUUUUGGCACAGAUUGGGAAACAGCUUUCAGAGCAGAGCAGCCCCUGUAAACGUGUAGAUUACAAAUUGAUACAUUUCAAGUGAGUCUGCAAAGUUGCCUUUAAUGUCAGUGAAAUGUUCUCCUUGAAGACUUGUAAACAGUAUCUGUCUUCCUUACUCAUGAAUUUUUCCCCCCUGAUUUAAAAAUGUAGCAUUGAAGCUGGAACAUCUAGUAUUUCUUGAAAAAUAGCUCUAAGAGUAAGAACUUACCCCUCCCCUCUUUGGCUUUAACAGCUUUCUUACACUGAAUGUAUUUUCACAUUCCUGCCAAUAAUUAAAUCAAUAGGCUGAAAUUCAAGCUAACCAAAUUCUUUCAACUGAAAUUUGGACCUUAUUUACUCCAUGCUAUUGAGCAGAGUGGAGGUAACUAACAGCAGCCCCUAUAGCAGUAGUUUAACUGUCUUCAUUUAGGUAUUAAUAUAAACUUGCUUUAGUAUUACGGGGGUUGUGAAGCA